AUGGGUCCCGGUCCUGGAGAAGGAGAAGAUUCCAUUGCUGGCGUCGGUGGCGAAGCCAUAUCAGGGACUGAUAUUGCUGGACUAGGGCCUGGGCUCAUAGGAGUAGUUGGUGGACUCAUUGGGCUUGAAGAUGGAGUCAUUGGCAUCAUAGGUGGUGUAGCCAUGGACAUUGGUGGUGGAGUCAUGGGCAUAGGUGGUGGAGUCAUGGGCAUAGGUGGUGGAGUCAUAGGCAUAGGUGGUGGAGUCAUCAUAGGCAUAGGUGGUGGAGUCAUCAUAGGCAUCGGAGAGCCGCCGCUAGGCAUUGGUGGCAUGGACAUUGAGCCAGAAGGAGCCAUCAUGGGAGAUUGA